GAGACACAGGGAGUUUAGGAGGAGCUGCAGCAAGGUCGACGACAGCAUCCCUCCCUGACGGAUACAAAGAUACGCGGGUUUACGGGGUUUGGUUAAGGCGCACUUUUAUCCGCUGCUAGAAGAAGUAACGAGAGGAUUUGUCGUUUUUUUUUAUUUUUAUCUGUAAAGAAGUUGGACCAGAGGGUUGACGGCUGAGUGCCCGUGCCGCUCAUGUACUACUGAGGCAGCUAACGAGCCAUCCUUGCCUAUUGUGACUCUCCGCAUGUCUCGCUGUGCUCUUUCCUGACAAGGCAGAGCGGCGUGUUGCCUUCCUUGUAAAUAGGAAGCCAGUACUGCGCUAGUCACGGAGCGACUCUCGGGCCAGGCUCUCCACCUACUUUCGGGGUCCACGACUUGGCUUUUACAUCGGCUGUGUGUUUAUCCACGUUCAACGUAAAGACUGAGCGUUCCUCUCAUAUACUCAGCCUAAUUCAUCGUUGUUUUUUGUGCCAUGUCAGCGCCAUCCUCCACGCCUCCCGCGCAGGCGGAGAACGCCGCGCUGGAAAAUGAGGCUCUAGCGCCGGACUCAGGGCUGAGGCCGCCGGGUCCGACACCCAGCCAGAGCCGGUUCCAGGUGGACCUUGUGGCUGAGGCGGCCGGUGCCGGCGCCGAUGACAAGUCUCCGAGCUCCGACGCCUCGACCACUCUCCCAUCCAGUGAGAAGGCCACUUCCUCCGCAGCCACAGAGGGACCGGACGCAGGGGCCGCCACAGAGGAAGCCAAAGGCCGGUUUCGAGUGGUGAACUUCGCGGAUCCGAGCGCAGAGGGGACUGGGGCCCCUCCUGAGGGAGCGCCGGCUGAGGGUCUGCAGAACGGGGACACGGUGAUGAGUGAGACCAGCCUGCACUCAUCCACAGGGGGCCAGCAUCAUUAUCACUACGACACCCACACCAACACCUAUUACCUGAGGACUUUUGGCCACAAUACAAUCGACGCCGUGCCCAACAUCGAUUUCUACCGGCAGACAGCAGCGCCGCUGGGCGAGAAACUCAUCAGACCCACCCUGUCGGAGCUGCACGACGAGCUAGACAAGGAGCCAUUUGAAGAUGGGUUUGCCAACGGAGAGGAGCUGACCCCGGCUGAGGAGGCUGCCGCUAAGGAAGCAGCUGAUUCCAAGGGAGUGGUCAAGUUUGGUUGGAUUAAGGGAGUGUUGGUCCGCUGCAUGUUGAACAUUUGGGGUGUGAUGCUUUUCAUCCGCAUGUCAUGGAUCGUAGGCCAGGCAGGAAUUGCUCUCUCCUGUGUGAUCGUCCUCAUGGCUACUGUGGUGACCACCAUCACCGGCCUCUCCACCUCGGCCAUUGCCACCAACGGUUUUGUACGGGGAGGAGGAGCGUAUUAUUUGAUAUCGAGAAGUUUGGGCCCAGAGUUCGGCGGCUCCAUCGGUCUAAUCUUUGCCUUUGCUAACGCUGUGGCCGUCGCCAUGUACGUGGUUGGCUUUGCUGAAACCGUUGUGGAUCUUCUUGCUGGUGUCAAUGCCAUCAUGACUGAUGAAACCAAUGACAUCCGGAUCAUCGGCACUAUCACAGUCAUCCUUCUCCUGGGCAUCUCAGUGGCAGGAAUGGAAUGGGAAGCCAAGGCCCAGAUCUUCCUGCUCUUUGUCCUCGUCACAGCCAUCAUCAAUUAUUUCAUUGGAACGUUCAUUACUGUUCAGUCUAAGGCACCUAUGGGCUUCUUUGGCUAUGAUGGUUCCAUCAUGUGGGAGAACAUGGGUCCAGACUUCCGAGAACAAACCUUCUUCUCUGUUUUUUCCAUCUUCUUCCCUGCAGCCACUGGCAUUCUGGCUGGAGCCAACAUCUCAGGAGACCUCGCUGACCCACAGCUGGCUAUUCCCAGAGGAACACUCUUGGCCAUCUUGAUCACAGGCAUUGUCUACCUAGGUGUUGCCGUUUCUACAGGCUCCUGCAUUGUGAGAGAUGCCACCGGAAGUAUCAACGACACAAUCAGCUCCCAGUUCAUGGCGAACUGCACAGACGCCGCUUGCAAGUUUGGCUUUGACUUUUCCUCCUGUGCUGGCAAGAAGUGUCCCUAUGGACUCCAAAAUGACGUCCAGGUCAUGAGCUUGGUAUCUGGUUUCAGCCCCAUCAUCACUGCUGGAAUCUUCUCUGCCACUCUGUCCUCAGCCCUGGCCUCUCUGGUCAGCGCACCAAAAGUUUUUCAGGCUUUAUGUAAGGACAACAUCUACCCCGGCUUCAGCAUGUUCGCCAAAGGCUACGGCAAGAACAACGAGCCGCUCCGAGGCUACAUCCUCACCUUCUGUAUCGCCCUGGGCUUCAUCCUCAUCGCUGAACUGAACAUCAUUGCGCCCAUCAUCUCCAACUUUUUCUUGGCUUCUUACGCCUUGAUCAACUUCUCCGUGUUCCACGCCUCGUUGGCCAACUCACCAGGGUGGCGCCCCAGCUUCAAAUACUACAAUAUGUGGGUUUCUCUGGCUGGAGCUGUACUCUGCUGUGUGGUGAUGUUUGUCAUCAACUGGUGGGCGGCUCUCCUCACCAACGUCAUCGUCAUGGGUCUCUAUAUCUAUGUCAGCUACAAGAAGCCAGAUGUGAACUGGGGUUCAUCGACUCAGGCUCUGACCUACCACCAGGCUCUGACCCACACUCUGCACCUCAGUGGAGUAGAGGACCACGUCAAGAACUUCAGACCACAGUGUUUGGUGAUGACUGGCUAUCCCAACUCCCGUCCAGCUCUUCUUCACCUGGUCCACUCUUUCACCAAGAAUGUCGGCCUGUUGAUCUGUGGCCAUGUUCGCACGGGCUCCAGAAGGCCAAACUUCAAAGAGUUGGCAACAGACCAAUCCCGUUACCAGCGAUGGCUGCUGAGGAACGAAACCAAGGCCUUCUACACCCCAGUGUUCGCUGAAGACAUGAGACAGGGCACCCAGUACCUGCUACAGGCUGCUGGUCUGGGUCGCCUCCGGCCCAACACGCUGGUGCUCGGCUUCAAAAACGACUGGAGGGACGGCGACAUGAUGAAUGUGGAGACGUACAUCCACAUGAUCCACGAUGCCUUUGACUUCCAGUAUGGUGCUGUUAUCCUUCGACUGAAAGAGGGGCUGGACGUGUCCCAUAUCCAAGGACAAGAUGACCUGCUGUCCUCUCAGGAGAAGUCAUCAGGGAUGAAGGAUGUGGUUGUGUCCAUAGACAUGAGCAAGGACUCCGACGGGGAUUCAUCCAAGCCGUCGUCUAAAGCCACCAGUCUCCAGAACAGUCCGGCCAUACAGAAAGAUGACGAUGAUGAUGGCAAAGCUCCAACUCAACCUCUGUUGAAAAAAGACAAGAAGAGCCCCACCGUACCACUGAACCUGUCCGACCAGAGGCUGCUGGAGGCCAGCCAGCAGUUCCAGAAGAAACAAGGGAAAGGCACCGUGGACGUCUGGUGGCUGUUUGAUGACGGAGGUUUGACCCUGCUCAUCCCCUACCUGCUAACCAACAAGAAGAGGUGGAAGGACUGCAAGAUUCGCGUGUUCAUUGGAGGAAAGAUCAACAGGAUUGACCACGACCGCCGAGCGAUGGCUACUCUGCUCAGCAAGUUCAGGAUAGACUUCUCUGACAUCACCGUGCUCGGAGACAUCAACACCAAGCCCAAGAAGGAGAACUCGUCAGCCUUUGAGGAGAUGAUUGAGCCGUAUCGGCUAAAGGAGGAUGACAUGGAGCAGGAGGUUGCCGAGAGGCUGAAGAACAGCGAGCCCUGGAGGAUCACCGACAACGAGCUGGAGCUCUAUCGUGCCAAGACUAAUCGCCAGAUCAGACUCAAUGAGCUGCUGAAGGAGCACUCAAGCACAGCCAACCUCAUCGUCAUGAGCAUGCCCUUGGCCAGGAAGGGAACAGUAUCCAGCGCUCUCUACAUGGCCUGGCUCGAGGCUCUGUCCAAGGACCUGCCACCCAUCCUCCUGGUGCGCGGCAACCACCAGAGCGUCCUCACCUUCUACUCUUAAACGUACACAAGUAGAAGAAAACUACAAGUGAUUUACACUUACAUCCACCUGCUGCCUCUGGGAGCAGACUCACAUACACAUCCCAGUUCCAGUCCCAACUUAAAAGGUGCACCACAUGUGCUACUAAUGACGGUAGAAAACACAGCCAUUACUGAGAAUAAUGAUGAUAAUAUUAAUAAUGAUGAAGGAAUUUAUGUUGCUUGAGAUAUGUACUCUCCCCCCACAAGUGGAGAAAAUGGGGAGGGGCUGUAAAGUUUCCCAGCUGGUGUGUCCCCGCUCCGUUUUAUUUCAUUUAUCACGAAACAGAGGCCGGAGCUCCUGUCUCUGACAGUUUCCUCACAAACGAACAGUUUCAUUUUGAAGUUGAUUUCUUUCUGGCUUGAAAGCAGUUGUGCACAGCGUUCACAUCAUUGUUAAUAUUGCUAUUAUUAUUGGGAUUAUCUUGAUGUCAUAAUUCUUAGGUUAAUUGGUUCAUCCUUUCUGUUAGUGAUGCAGCAAUAAUCACCCUGUUUUUUUUUUUUUCCUCAAGUAUUGGGAGAGAACCAUGCAGAAUGCUUUGCAAAACCUUAUAAAGCCUUAUGGAUGUGCCUUCCAGUUGAAUCAGAUUAAAUUAUUGAUCUCUCUCCAGAUUGAUAAUAAUACCUAUAUAUUGAUGGAUAAUACUUACUUUUAUUAGCGGGUAUUAAAUGUGAUUCAUAAUUAGCUGGAGAAUUGUAUUUAUGCGAGUGGAUUGCAAGAAUUUAGUGAAGGGUGUCCACUUGAUUGCAUGAAGACUUUCUCUAUCAUUUCUCUUAAUCAAUUUGUUCUUUUGGCCUUGGUGUAUUUACUUCUAUCCACCUUUUUGAGUCUUCCUUUUUAACAUUGUUGAAUAAAUGGAUAUAUUUCUUAGUGUACUACUUGGUUACUGAAUACAAGACACAAUUUAGCGUCGACUGGGACAGUUGAGCAGCACAUGAAAAUGUUUUUUCUGCAGUUCUUACAUUUAAUAUCUACAGAUCAUAUGUUGUGUGUGAUACAUUCAUAGAGUUGGAGAAACUUCAUUUCUGACGAGCCUUGUCAGCUGAGAAGACCAGCUGUCCCGUAUAGCUGCUAGUUAGCUCAAACAAGGGUUUUUCUUUUCUUUCAACCACGACCUCUUUUGUUUUCUGUUUUCACGUGUGAUUCCUCUCCUGUAAAGAAACUGCUCCACCCUCUCACGACUUACUUAAUACCUUGCCUUAAUGCUAGAACUAACGAUUGUCACGAUUUCCUUUUCUCUUAUAAGCCAUACUGGCUGGACGAUUGAGUUCCUCUCGUGGGUAAAUGCAGAUAUAGCUAGCACUCCAUUAGUGAUGUGUGAAGAGAAUACCUAGUCGGUCCUCUUAGGAAGUAUUCUCCAUUGUGAGUAUGUAUAUACAUUGAAUUUAGUUUCCAUUUCGAGCUCCAUCAGUCUGUCACAGUGCUUGCUGUAGGCUUGGAAAGUACUGAAUCAUAGACUUUUUUUUUUUUUUGUCUUUGUCUUGUGGCUGGUGUUGCACCGCUCUGCCACAGACAAUAGCACUGAACAUAUUCCACUUUGUCAUUCUUUGCGCUACACUAGACUAGAGUUUUGCACUCAUGCAUGCCUGUCUGGCUGCUUGUCCGCCAUCCUGUUGUAUAAUGGACUGCUAGCUUCCCAUUCCCACGAGGCCUAAAUGGGUAACUUGUUUAUGUGACUGCUGGGCUGAAUUAAUUAAUGCCAUGCAAGUUUUAAAAUAGGGAGACUUGCCAGUAGGCGGGAUGGAUUAGAAUGUGUCAAGGUGGGUGAAGAUAUACCUCUAUGCACAUGAGCUCGUUGCGUUGUGAUUAAAAGCCCGUUCACUCCUUCAUGUGAGACGUUCACCUCAGUUCAUUUUCCGGGGACACUGUACAGACGUCCCUUAUAGCUUUCUUUUCAAACUAGGGGAGUUUUUGUCUUCGAGGGCAGUGAGAUCAUUCGAUGCGGAGCCUCUCUCUUUAAAGGUACCGUGGCUCCAAGCAGACAGCUACUGGGUACUGGAAGACAAACUUUUUAGAUUUGAAAACUGCCGCAAAGCUACUGGAUCAAAACAGGGUUGUGUUUUUUUUUUUUUUUUCUUCUUCUUCUUCUUCUUCUUCUUUUUCUUUUUUUUGUAACGUUCUUCUUUUGCCUUGUCUUCCCCAAGAAACGGUUUAUAGGCUACCAUUUCGAUCAUUCUCUCCAUCGAUUCUGUCCUUGUACUGUAUGCAAUUUCAAAAAGAGGAAUGUGACAUGAUGCUUAGGUUAGCUGAAUGUAAAGCUGACGAACACUACCAGUAGGAAUUAGCAUAUACAUAGCCUAUUUUUUGUUUUGACAUCCUGAUUUCUAUGAACUGUUUUUUGUUUUAUUUUGUUUAUUUUGUUUAUUUUUUUUAUUAUUUAUUUUUAUUUUUUUAAUUUUGGGUUUUUUUGGCCAUGUUUUCACAUGUUACAACUGCUCAAAUUCCAGUCCCACAUAUUACAAAAAAAAAAAGGUCACAGAGCAGUGUGAUGUGUUUCAGGUUCAGUGUACUAUUACCAUCCAUACAACUGCAUCCCAUCACUCUGUCCUUCAUCUAGAGAAUGUGUACGGCAACAUUUUUAUAUACAUCUAUGCGUGUGUAUGGGUUUGUGUGUGUGUAUAUAUGCACACAGUAUACACACAUUAUGUAUAUGUAUACACACAUGCACACUAGUGUAUUAAAUACCUUUCUUUAGAGUAUGUGUAAAGCAUGUAAUGGGUGGGGGAAUAGUAAAUCUUUUCAGAAGGUACAGUUAAACUAGGAUCUGCACUCACCCUCCGUUACUGUUGCAAAACAACAUUACAAACAAGAACACGGGUUACUCUAUAUUUGUACAUUUAAAAAACUAUAUAUACUUAAGUAUAUAAACAUACAUAUAUAUAUAUAUAUAUAUAACUGUAUACAAUACAAUACAACUCGGAGGGGAUCUUUUGUCUUUGAUAUGUCACAUUAAAUGAAAAAAACCUUGCUAUUGAUAUGUCAAAAACCAAAUAAUGUGUGUUUGUGUGUUGUUUUUCCUCAUUAAUGUAUUGAUAAAUAGGUUCAAAAGUUGUGUUGGCUGCAACUGGAGAUACAGUAGCAUCCUCCCAGCCUCUAUUUAGCUGAACUGACACUACUACUGUGCUGUUAAAGAAACCAAAUGUCCCUUGUACUCGUGUCAUCCACUAUGCCAUGUUCCAGACAUCUUCAUUUUGUAUGUAUUUUUAGCCAAAGCCCCCCCUUCCUCUGCAAACUCCCAUCUAUCAUGAGUUUGAGCCAUGAUGGGAAGACGGAGAAAAAGCAUAAAACUGGUCUGAGCAGCUCACCACUGUCAGACCUCCAGUUCACACUGCAAGACUAACCUGUAAAUAAACCUAGUCUAUUGGCAUAAAUUAAGGGAGUGGAAUAUUAAUGUUAAAAUGAAUUAUGGAGAAAGAUAUAUUUAUUUUAGUUUAGAGUAUUCUCCAUUUUUUUUUCUUUAUAUUUUGGUUUUGAAUUUAAGUUAAUUUGCAUGUUGAUUUCUUUCUUCUUUUUUUUUUUUUUUUUACCUCUGAUUUCAUGGAAUUGUCUUUUUGUUUCUCUCUUUUUUCAGUCUGUACAUUUCUAUCUUUUAAAUGCCUUUUGAAGAAAAGCUAUGAUGACAAAAGCAGUUCAAACCCGUUUUCUCCUGCUUUCACACAAAAGUGGAUGGAAUCUACCCAGCCGGUUGAAACAGUAAUGUUUUGAUAUACUGUACUGUUAACCGUCACAGAUAUGUUUUUUCUAACAUUUUAACAUUUAUGAUUACCAAUACUUUGUACAUCUUUUAUUGCAAUAAAUAAAUCAAAUAAAAGAAAUCAAUUA